AUGAAGUGUUUGAGAUUCUGGCUGCCAGCAGCAGCCCUACUACUGCUUAGUGUGGCCGGAGUUGAGCAUCUCCAAGCUGAGAACCUGAAUCUUAUUCCCCCAGAUGAGCAUAACGUGGUCCUGAACCCUGGAAUGAGAGUACUGCCUAGAGACUGCUAUGAAAUGCUGAUGACCUCUUCAGGCCAAGCCAGAGACGGGGUGUACCUGAUCCAACCAGGUGACUCCCCCAUCGUGGCCUCCUGCGCCAUGCAGGAGGGAGGCUGGACCGUGGUGCAGCAUAUUACUGUCAAUAGCAGCGUGAAUUUCGAUCGUACCUGGGCUGAGUACAAGUAUGGCUUUGGGGAUGUAACUGGUGAUCACUGGCUUGGGAAUGAAUACCUUUAUCAGCUCACACGAGGCCCCGGGCGCUAUAAAUUGGGAGUAAAACUAGUGGACCGAGACGCCAUCACCAAGACAGGGGAGUACGAUCCAUUCCUGGUGGAGGAUGAAUCAUCAGCAUACAGGCUGAGGCUGGGGUUGUUCCAGGGCACAGCUGUAGACGCUCUGACUCUGGACACAGAGAACUACCUGCACGACAACCAAAGAUUCACCACUAAAGACAGAGACAACGACAACUACUUUCAAAACUGUGCUAAGCUGGAGUUUCAGGGGGUGCCAGGAGGAGGUUGGUGGUACGACGCCUGUGCUGGGGCCAACCUCAAUCGCAGGAAUGUCAUCUACUGGCAAAAGGACUGCAACAAGGAGCGAAUGUGUAAGUACGCAUGGAUGAUGGUGAGACCAUCAGACACAGUGAAACUGAUUCACAGUGGAGACUGCAAGAAGGAUGAGCUAUAA